AUGGAAGAAAAGUGUCCAAUGGCCGGAUGCCACUUCCAAACGAAGGAUACCUCGUUCUGUUGCUGCCAAUUUGAUGAGUGUAACGAGUGGAAGGGAGAUGGAACCGAGUUCAAGGCUGGAGAAACUCAAGUGAAGUCAGCUGUGCCAAGUGCUCCAAAACUCGGCGACGUCAUUAUGCCAACUGCCGCUUUCCGUAAGAAUAAAAGUGAUGACACCGUUCGUAUCCCUACUACUCCAGCUCCAACCCGGAAGAGCAGUCUUGUCGAGCUUCCAUAA